AAAGAAGAUUAAGUGUCAUUUGAUUAAUUUAUAUUGAGGUUUUGUUAUCGUAUGUAUAUUUUUAAAAUUUUAAAGGAAAGUAAUGCUUAUCUGUCAAAAUGGCAGCAGCAGCACCACCGCAGGCAUUAGUAAACCGCAAUAAAAAACAUUUCUUAGGUGUACCAGCUCCUCUCGGGUAUGUAGCGGGUGUCGGUAGAGGUGCCACAGGUUUCACCACUCGUUCUGAUAUUGGUCCAGCUCGAGACGCAAACGAUGUUUCGGACGAUAGACAUGCUCCACCAGCUGCGAAAAGAACCAAAAAGAAAGACGAGGAGGAAGAAAAAGAAGAGGAGGAGGAUUUAAAUGAUUCAAAUUAUGACGAAUUCAGUGGAUAUGGAGGAUCUCUAUUUUCCAAAGAUCCUUAUGACAAGGAUGAUGCGGAGGCGGAUGCUAUUUAUGAAGCUAUUGAUAAAAGAAUGGAUGAAAAAAGGAAAGAAUAUAGAGAGAAACGACUCAGGGAAGAAUUAGAAAAAUAUCGACAAGAAAGACCUAAAAUUCAACAACAAUUUUCAGAUUUAAAGAGAGAUUUAGCACAGGUAAGCGAGGAAGAAUGGAAAUCAGUACCAGAAGUUGGUGAUGCUAGGAAUAAGAAACAACGUAACCCUAGAGCAGAGAAGUUUACCCCGUUACCAGAUAGCGUUUUAGCGAGAAAUUUGGGUGGAGAAUCAACGACGUCUCUAGAUCCCAAUUCAGGUUUAUCAAGUAUGGUACCUGGAGUAGCGACGCCUGGUAUGUUGACACCGACUGGAGAUAUGGAUUUACGAAAAAUAGGACAAGCACGUAACACUUUGAUGAACGUCAAAUUAUCGCAAGUAUCUGAUUCGGUAACCGGUCAAACGGUUGUCGAUCCGAAAGGUUAUUUGACUGAUUUGCAAUCUAUGAUACCUACAUAUGGCGGCGAUAUUAAUGACAUCAAAAAAGCUCGUCUACUUUUGAAAUCUGUUAGGGAAACUAAUCCGAAUCAUCCACCGGCUUGGAUUGCAAGUGCUCGACUAGAAGAAGUUACAGGUAAAGUCCAAGCGGCGAGAAAUUUGAUAAUGAAAGGUUGCGAAGUAAAUCCUCAAAGUGAAGAUUUAUGGUUGGAAGCAGCUAGACUAAAUCCCGCUGAUACAGCUAAAGCGAUUAUAGCUCAAGCGGCUAGACACAUUCCGACGUCCGUUAGAAUAUGGAUAAAAGCAGCGGAUCUGGAAACUGAAACGAAAGCUAAACGAAGAGUAUUCAGAAAAGCCUUAGAACACAUACCGAAUUCGGUGCGUCUUUGGAAAGCGGCGGUCGAACUAGAGAACCCAGAAGAUGCUCGGAUUUUAUUAUCCAGAGCUGUGGAAUGUUGUCCGACCGCCGUCGAACUUUGGUUAGCUUUGGCGAGAUUGGAAAGUUACGAAAACGCUAGGAAAGUAUUGAACAAAGCUAGAGAAAAUAUUCCAACGGAUAAACAGAUUUGGACAACGGCGGCUAAAUUGGAAGAAGCGAACGGCAACCAUCACAUGGUAGAAAAGAUCAUAGAGAGAGCCAUAACUUCACUAAGCUCGAACGGCGUUGAAAUUAAUAGAGAACAAUGGUUUAAAGAAGCUGUUGAGAGUGAAAAGGGCGGACACAUCCAUUGUUGUCGCGCUAUCGUUAAAGCUAUAAUUAGUUACGGAGUUGAACCUGAAGAUCAGAAACAUACUUGGAUGGAAGAUGCAGAGAAUUGUAUAAGUCAAAACGCUUUCGAAUGCGCCAGGACUGUAUAUAACAUAGCCCUAGCUACGUUCCCAGGAAAGAAAUCCAUAUGGUUGCGAGCCGCUUAUUUGGAGAAGAGUCACGGUAGCAGAGAAAGUUUGGAAAGUUUAUUACAAAGAGCUGUGGCGCAUUGUCCGAAGAGCGAGGUGUUAUGGUUGAUGGGAGCCAAAAGCAAAUGGUUGGCCGGUGACGUUCCCGCCGCUAGAGGUAUACUAUCUCUAGCUUUCCAAGCGAAUCCGAAUAGCGAAGAAAUUUGGUUGGCAGCCGUUAAAUUGGAAUCCGAAAAUAAAGAAUAUGAAAGAGCGCGAAGACUUUUAGCUAAAGCGAGAGGUUCCGCCCCAACUCCUCGCGUUAUGAUGAAAAGCGCUAAAUUGGAAUGGUCCCUUAACGAUUUAAAGGGCGCCCUCCAAUUAUUGGAUGAAGCCUUAAAAGCGUUUCCUAAUUAUCCAAAAUUGUGGAUGAUGGUUGGUCAAAUACACGAACAGAAAAAAGAUCUUUCGAAAGCUUUCGACGCUUACAAUGCCGGUAUAAAGAAAUGCCCGGAUUCGAUAUCACUGUGGCUGUUGCUUUCCAGAUUGGAAGAGAAACGAGGACUUUUGAUAAAAGCUAGAUCCGUUUUGGAAAAAGCUCGAUUGAGGAAUCCCAAAGUGGAUGAAUUAUGGUUGGAAGCGGUGAGAGUUGAAAUGAGAGCCGGUAUGAAAGACAUAGCGAAUGCAAUGAUGGCCAAAGCGAUACAGGAAUGUCCUACUUCCGGUAUACUAUGGGCGGAAAGUAUAUUUUUGGAACCAAGACCGCAAAGGAAAACGAAAUCGGUGGAUGCUUUAAAAAAAUGCGAACACGAUCCUCAUGUACUUUUAGCUGUUAGUAAACUAUUUUGGUCGGAAAGGAAAAUAGGUAAAUGCAGGGAAUGGUUCCAGAGGACGUUGAAAAUCGAACCGGAUUUAGGAGACGCUUGGGCUUAUUGGUAUAGAUUCGAACAACUUCACGGUACCAAGGAACAACAAGAAGAAGUUAAACAGAGGUGCAUAGUAGCCGAACCUCAUCACGGUGAAUUGUGGUGUUUGGUAUCGAAAAAUAUCAAAAAUGUCGGUCUGAAUACAGAGCAAGUUUUGAAACUCGUCGCCAAAGAACUACCCAUUCCAGUGUAGAUUGUGUAACGUUUAUUUAAGAAGUUGUAAUUGAAAUAAUAAUGUUGAUAAUUUGAUGCAAAAGCACUUAGAAAUAAGCGAAAUGAAUUUAUUUGAUUUUUCUUGUAUUUGUAACAAAUGUAUAACCAUAGAGUAUGUUGUUCAAUUGAAAUUUGUAAUUUUUUUUAAAUGUUUCAAUUUUUUUGUUGAAAGUAUUUCGCAUAUCAAAUACAACGUAUUCUAUUUUGUUUGAGCGGUUUAUAUUAGUUUUUAGUGGCUUUCAAAUGUAAUUAUUAAAAGUUUGUAGAAUUUUUUUAAUGAAACGACUUGGCACUGAAUGUCCUGUAGCUAAUCAGUUUGUUAUCUCUUUCAAUAGGGGACUUCUUCUUCUCUAUAACUUAACAUGAUCUUUCGAGGAUCAUAGUAUUGGGAUUUCAGUUAUUUCAGCACAUUCUAUUAUCUCCUUUUUUAUGUGGCGGUGUCAAUUCAUUUUCUUCCCAAUUUGUUGUGUUCCAUGCUAUAUUGAAUAUCUUUAAUAACCAUUCCUUUCUUGUUUGUCCUAAAUAUUCUAUCAUUUCCGCUUCUAUUUUGAUUUUCUCUAUCGUUUCUUCCACUUAAUCUUCUUUUAUUUCAUGUAUUAUCCUUCUAUCAUCUUAUAAUUUCCCGUCAUCCUCCAAUUCUUCUUCUUUUGAUAUGUUUUUAUAGCUAUAUUUUUUAUUCUAGUUCACCGAAUCUUCUAUCCAUUCCAUCUAGGGAUUUCCUUCUAUUUUCCUUUGUGCCUAUUUCUGCUUCUGGUGUUGUUGCUACCUCCCCAAUUACCCUUUCCUUCAUCAAUGGGGUAUUUGAGUUCAAAAAUUUUUUGACAUUGAUUAUAUUAAUUUUCAAGGUAUCUUAAUGUGUAAGCAAACAUUAUAUCAUUAAAUUAAAACCAUAUUGAGACCCCUCAAUCAUUUUGCAAUAUUAUAUUGUAUUUUUUUAAUGUUUGGGCCAAAGUUGCCUUGAAUUGGGGAAACUUUGUCCCAUACUUUCAAACCAUAUAAAACUAUGUUUAGUAUUGGUUGGGCUAAACUUAGACAAGAUAAAAUUACAACCAGACAUAUUAGUUUGUGUUUUAACCUGCUUUUACUUCAAAAAUAUCCAUGAAAUGAUGAGAAAUGGGAAUAAAUGAAACGGACUUCAUAUUAUUGAAAAAAAAAAAAUUGUAUUGUACAAAAAAAGAUAUCAGUUUACAUCAUAUUUACAUACUAGUUGUCCAGUGCUGGCACAUGGAACUGGUUCCUCUUUAAAGCUAUUUUUGGAGGAUUGAUCUUCUGACAAACAUCCACCCAGUCGUAAGUCAGGCAAACUUGUGUCUUUUUUCCAUGCAUUCAACUAUAGGUCCUUCUUCGGACAAACUAACAAUUUUGCCAAGGUAUUUCUGUCCAUCAUACUUAACCACUACAAAGUUAUCAAUAGCAAAGUCUUCAGGUUUAAACGCAACUGGUGUUUCUUCAUCAUUAGGCCUGUGAACAGGUAUGCCUACUACUUCCUGUAAUAUUUCUUCCAGAUCGGAAAAUGUUUCGCUUUGCCCACCAGACUCUAGCACCAUCUCAACAUCUUCUUCAUAUGAAGAAGAGUUUUGUUUUUCUUCUUGGAAACUUGUGUUUUCUUUGACGCACUGGUAGAAAGUCUGUUUAUCCACGGGCUGGUUUUCUGGAAGACGGUCUAGUUUUAAGGGAUGGAAUCCAUAUUUGGCAAAUCCAGACGUCAAAUUGUCUCUUCGCUUCUCUUCCAAACUUGCCAUUAGCUCUUUUAGCAAUCGUGGAAACAAAUCUUUAGAGAUCGUUGCUCCAGUAAGGUUCGUCUCAUCGUAUUUGAAUAUAUUAUUUCGGGGAACAUCUGAGGUUAUCAAUGUAAUUUUCGAUGAGAGAAGCAUCUACUUCGGCUCUGACCUUUUUGAUAUUGGAACUUAUCCUACGAGUCAGAUUCUCACGUCUUUUUAAGAAGGCUUUUGUCCAUUCAUCACCAGGGAGAUUGUUUUUGAACUGAAAAAUGUGGACACCCGUUUUUGUCCAAAUAGCUUUUGACUGCAUAACGAAAAUCCAUUUCAACUACAAGGAACCCAUAGUCUGACAUUUUAAUUAAAUGUUGUUCGAAAACAUGCUCAUCUUCAUCAUUAAAGAUUCUUGCACAUCCUACAUUUUUUGUAUGAGUCCCUUUAAAUUUGUUCUUUAUCGUAGAUCUACGUAUUCUAUACCUUUUUCUGCAGCUCUUUGGGUUAAGUCACCUGACCUACUAGCCUCUAAGCACUCCUCUAACACUUCUGGUUUGUAAUUGGCGUAAUUUCUUGUUCCAAGAGGUUUUAUUCGAUUUCUCGGCAUAUUUUCUGCAAAAAGAAUCCAAAAAUUAGUGCUUACAAUUGUAAUAAAAAUAUUUUAAGUGGUUUUGUGUAAGAAACUGCUUAUAAAAUACUAUUCAAGUAAUAUACCUAUCGAAAAUAUGAGUCUUGGGGUAACUUUGGCCCAGUCACCAUUUUGGGCCAAAGCUACCCCAACUACUGGGCCAAAGUUACUUCAACUCUGGACCAAAGAUGUCAUGAAAUAGUAGAAUCGAAUUAUUUUGUAUAAACAAAGGUAACAACAGCGUUAUUACACCAAAAAUACUUGAAACAAUUGAAUAUAUAAUAUUAUUAUACACCUGCCUGGUAGUAGCUCUGCAAGAAUUAGCGUUCACAAGUAAAAGUUGGGAGACAACAAAUUUCACCACUUUCUCACAGUAAAGAUGGAGCGACACUGGAGGGGUUGUGAGAUAUGGAACUAAUCUUCCACUUCAUCAACAGGUGGGUCAGUGGUGCUACCUAUCCAGUAAUGGGUAAACUAGGUCGAUAACAAUACAGCACAGCAAAACUUUUUCUAACUUUGGGCCAAUGUCCUUAAAGGGCCAAUCUUACCCCAACAGACGGUAUUGCUUCUUUUACUUAGUACUUCUUUCUUUUUUUAAUACACCCCGUAUAUUAAUACUGUUUAUUAUUUUUACAGUUAAAAUUUAUCUACUUUAUAAAUAAAUUAAUUAAUAAAUAUGAAAGUUGUACGACCUUGUAUAUAUUUUUUAUUAAAUAAAUUUCAAUAAUUAAAACAAAU